AUGGCGCGUGUAUCCAUCUUGUCCGCCGCCGCUGGCAUAGCCGUGCUCAUGUCGUCGUCAGCGGCGCUGGACAAGAAGCUCUACGGUAUCAACUACGACCUGCGACAGAACCCGGACUGGGAUCCCAGCAAGUGCAAGUCGGCAGAGACGAUCGAAGCCGAGCUCUUGACUCUAAGCGUCUACAUGUCCAGCGUGCGCACGUACAGUCUCUCGGACUGUGACGUGACGAGCGUGCUCAAGGCGGCCAAGAAAAUGUCGAUAACCGUGUGGCUCGGCGUCUGGGUGUCCGAGGAUAAGGAGGUGUACAAAGCAGAGGUCAAAGCCUUUGAGCAGCUCCUGAGAUCCGGUCUCAUUGACAGCAACGUCGUGGGCAUCAAUGUUGGCAGCGAAGCCGUGUACCGGAAUGACAUUACGGCUGAGCAGUCGAUUGAGUACGUGACUCAAUUCAAGAAGGUCUUGGCCGACAACGACAUCCGCGUGCCCAUCAGUAUUACGGACAUUGCUGAUACGUUUAUCCAGUACCCCGAGAUGCUCAAAGCCGGUGACAUCGUGACCAUUAACCAGUUCCCGUUCUGGGAAAAGGUCGAAGCAAGUAAGGCUGCAGCCCAUUUUGACAAGCGUAUCGAGCCCUUAUUGAAGAUGACGGGCGACAUGGAAGUCAUCGUCACUGAGACGGGGUGGCCGACAGACGGGUUUGCUGUCAACGGGUCCGUGGCGUCCGCGGAGAAUGCCGCCAUCUACUUGAAGGACUUUUACGAGCUCGCCGAGUCGAAAGGGUGGAAGUACUACUACUUUGUCGGCUUUGACACGCCUUACAAGGCGAAGCAGGUGGAUGACGCGACCACGGUCGAGUCGCACUUUGGCAUUUUCGACGAGGCGGGGCGCAUGAAACCGGCCUACGAGAGCCUCACCCUCACCACGAAGGGCGACUCGUCAACGUUGGAGAAAUCAGUGACGACUGCCUCGUUCGAGUCGUCGUCCGCGUCAGUCGACCCAGGCACGGUCACUGCAGCUACGGACGUUGCUGACGACGACAGUCGGAUCAAAACCCAGUCGUCGUUGGACGCCGACGAGACCCCUUCGUCUACGAUCACGAACGAAGACAGUGGAUCAUUGCAACUGGCAGUCUCCAGCAUCACGGCUUGUCUGUGUCUUGUGGUCACCAUGAUCUGGACUCUAUAA